AUGGCUCCUGGAUCAAGCCACGCCGGCUCGGGCAAGAAGAACACGGCCGCGAUGCCGAAACAGAGCCGGAACUCUACACCUGCUCCGGCACCGCCCACCAGCUUACCUCCUCAAGAGUUCUACGAUCCAGACUAUCUCAAUACUCGGGUCAUUCUCUUCAAGAACCUGAGCUACGAUGAUCUGGUUGACCAUAGCGCUGUAAAUGCGACAGUCCCGGACUCGAAGAGUGUCGAUGUGAUGCUGGAGAAGCUCAAGAACUUGGUCAACAUUAUGGAGAAGCGAUCCACAUUUUACGACCGAGGCAUGCGACAUCUCGCCGACGAGCGGAAAAAGAGGCCCGAUGACUACGACAUGCGUGCUGAUGGCGAACAAGAAGGGAAAAGAUCCAAGCACAAGAAGAAAAAGGCUUCUGAAUCCCAAGCGCAAGAAGAUCAGUCAUCUCCGGCAAAAGGCGUCAAGCGCAAGCUGUCUCGGGUAGAUUCAGCGAGCUCAUCCUUAUCGCCGGUCGCGGCAGGUUCCCCUUCGACAAUGGAUGUAGACAAGAAGGUUAAAGAUGCUGGCAAGGACAAGGAGGAUGGAGAGGAUGGUGAAGAAUCAAGUUCUGAAGACGAGGGUGCUCCUCCGAAACGGCAGAUGCCUGCGGCGCAAACAUUUGGUGAAGAUCCGUCGACGUUUCCCGAUCCGACAGUGUACGAAAUCCUGCCCGUUCGGGAAGGCAUGUCCGACGAAGAAAAGAAGGAGAUUUACUCUGUGGCGGUCUAUCCCAAAAGCGAUCUGGCGGACCUCAUUGCGGGUGAUCCGCCGGAUCACGACUUCAGCAGCGCAAAGCCCACCAGCCAGAUCAACUUUUCAACGUUUUCCACAUACAUUGACCCGUACUUCAGGCCCUUUUCCGAGGAAGACCUGGCUUUUCUGCGCGAAAGAGGGGACCGGGUUACGCCGUUUGUCAUGCCCAAGCGAGGCAAGAGACACUAUACUGAGAUCUGGGCCGAAGAGGACGGCGCCAUGUCCAUCGACUCUCCUCAACAAGGACGCGAAAAGCUCGCUCCGAAUCAACCAAGGGGAAGCAUAGACAACAUGAGCGACAGCAUUGGCGAGACAGACGCCUUGUCAAUAGGACCGUUGGCCUCACGACUGCUUCAACUACUUCGGCCGGAAAGUCGAUUGCAGGGGUCAGAAGAUAAACCAACCACGAUGGGUAUGACUAAUGGCGACGUUUCCCUGAAUGGCGACGUCAAUGGAGAUGGGCAUCAGCAGAACGGAGACGAUAAAUCAUCAAAUCCGCACCCGCCGGCUACGUACAUGAGCGAGUCAUGCACGGAAGCAUGGAAGAAGGCAACACAUCCAAAACUCGAAUACGCGCAGGUUGACGAACGGCUCAAGCAAGAAUUGAGGCACAUCGGGUUUCUUCCUCAAGAAGGUUUCGAGAGUGAAUACGAAGGGCAUUACGAUGAUGAGGUUGCCGGCAGGCUGCGGCUUCUGCAAUCACGGCUGAAGGAGCAGAUGCUCAUCAACGGUGCCCGCAAAGCUCGACUGACAGAUCUGGUGCGUGAGAGGAUGGCGAAUCAGGAGUAUCAGUCCAUUCUCGAGGACCUCGACUCCCAGGUCCAGGCGGCCUAUCUGAAGCGCACCCGCACAAUGGGCAAGAGCAAGAAGACCAAACGACCAGGCGGCGUGGGCGGAGGCAGCCACUUUGUGGGCGGCGCUGCAGGCACGGCGCGACCGGGCAUUGGAGAUCAGACCAAGACCUUGAUGGAACGACGAAGGCGAUGGAUUGACACGAUAGGAUCGGUCUUUGACGACGAGAACUUGAACAAGGUUCCACGACAGUCAGACCCCGACAGUUCCAUCUUCAAGCAUUCCGACAUGGCGGACCUGAUAAAACGGGAAAAGGAACAGUGGGACGAAGAGGUUGAGGAAGAAUGA